AGUACGGUUCGUGAAUUUAGAGGGAGUUGUUGAUUUUUACACGUCCUUCCUUUGUUUCUAUUGUAAAUUGUGCUUAAUAACGAGAAACAGUGCUACAUACCGUGUAUUUUGCUUCGAAACCCGCGAAUCUGUCAAUAAUCGUACACGUAGGCAACAGGUGUCUAAUGAAGCACAUGUUUCGAGUCUCGUUGUCAAACAAUUAAAGCUUAUCGCGUGUCAAAAGUGCUUGCAAAAGUAGGCGUGUUUUGAACCAUGUUAGAAAGAAUCGUUGAAAUUUUGGGUAGAAGUGUUCACGUUCUAUUCUAGAAACACGGUAUAAAUUGUGUACAGUUUGAAUUCCUGGUUCACGAAAAUGGAAUACGAUUAUUUAAUUAAAUUCUUGGCCCUUGGAAACUCGGGAGUCGGCAAGACGAGUUUUCUGUAUCAAUAUACCGAUGGCACAUUCGACUCUCGUUUCAUGUCGACAGUUGGCAUCGAUUUUAAGGAAAAACGUGUGAUAUACCAGACGGCAAAUGGUAGGACUCAACGUAUUCACAUGCAGCUGUGGGACACAGCUGGUCAAGAGCGGUUCAGAAGUUUAACAACAGCCUUUUACCGGGAUUCCAUGGGAUUCCUUCUAAUUUUUGAUCUGUGCAAUGAACAAUCGUUCCUCGAAGUACGAAAUUGGCUGGAACAACUUAGGACUCACGCAUAUUGCGAAGAUCCGGACAUAAUUCUCUGUGGAAACAAGUCCGAUCUAGAAGACAAACGGGUUGUCAGCGAAGACAAGGCCCGAGAAUUAGCGGAGAAACACGGCUUGGUCUACUUGGAGACGAGCGCAGCCACUGGACAGAACGUAACGCGCGCCGUGGAAAUACUUCUGGAUCGAGUGAUGCGUAGAAUGGACGCCACCGUGGACAAGACGGUGCUGCCUCAUCAGCGAGUCCUGCGAUGCCACGAGCGCGACACUCCGCCUCCGAGCACUUCCUGCUACUGCUGACAUUGUUCCUACAAGUAGCCGAAUAAGUCGUCUCGCCCGAAAUUCAAACGAAAGAUGAAGCUACCGUUUUAUUCAGCUAACAUCAGGACUGGGACAAAUGUUAUACUUGAAUCUCUUACCGUUUGAACUUAUUUGUAUGUUACUUCUACACUUAUGGUGUGCAAUGUUGAUUAUCCUGAAUAGGUGAACAUCCUGAAACUAAUUUCAUAUCUUUAAAUAUACCUCUUAGCUACACUUAGGUGUAUUUCAUUUGGUCAAGAGCGUUAGAAUCUUGUCUAAUGUCGGUUAGAGACCUUAGAGUUUCGGUUCCGACGAUUGUGGGCGUUGUCCAUGGAUAACCAGCGUUCUACACGUAUAAAAAUGCAUACUGGUCUCGUUUAUAACCGAAACUGACAGACACCUGUCUCGUAAAUCACAGACUCGUGCGUCAUUGUACUCUGAAACCGAUUCGCGAUGUUUCACGCAUCCACGCACAUACGGUUGUCUUCCAUUACUGCUUCCCUUGGUACAGGACUAUUCUCGACGCAUACAUGUUGCCUUUCGUUCUACGCGAUAAUGCGAUUUACCUGUUAAUGUUGUACGCACAAGGUGUUCAGUAUAUAUAUACAUACACACACACAUAUAUAUCAGUCGUUCUUCGUUUGCCAAAGAUUGUGAUACAGUGGCUAUGACUUAGGGAAACACCGAUCCGCUAGGGUUCGGUGGUUCUCGACUAUAUCUAAUGUAUUUUUGAUGCCGUUAUUGUGUCUAACCAAAGUUCGUACACCUAGUUGUAAGUAUCGUACUGAGAAUACAAUCAAAGCGUUAUCUGGCGCCCGCACGCGACUCUUUUACCGUUCGUGCGACAUCUGUUUCAGCUGUCGUCGCUCCGAAUACCGAUGAUCGUUCAUGUAUUCUUGCCAAGUUUCGACGCGAAAGGCGUUACAUAGAUACGUCUACUGCGAGUGCGGUCGAUAUAGUUAUACGAAGGCUACGUGUUAUAUCUUCUGACUUUUAUACGUGUCCUGUGUGUUCAAGUUAAGGAGAGUCAACGGAUGUUCGUACGAGAGUCGCAGAUGACGAGAGGUAUCGGUCUACUGUAUUGGGUUUCGAGCGUAGCAGUCGCUUAGGUAAUAAAUUGUGGAUCCGAGGAAAUGGGAUUUUUUAGGCUUGUAGACUCGUACCAUCAAACAUCUGAGCCUCUUGUAUCGCGAAGACAAUGCAUUACUUCUUCCAAUUUUUACACAGUUUCUGCGAGUAAUUUAUCAAAAGAUAUUCGAAUAUAUACAUAUAUACAUAAGUUUAUCAUUGUUGAGCGUAUACGGGAUUGAGAUAGUAACCUGCUAGUUACUUGGCACCGGAGUGGUGCAUGAAUGGAGGUGCAACGAAAAGGAUCUUAAUGCGGUACAAUCAUAAAUCAGGGUAGUUGAUUUUUCAACUAACAUUUCAUAAAGUAGAUCAGUCUUCUGAUCGAUACGAGUGAGUGGAAUUUUUAAGAAUCUGUAUGUUCUAAUUUAUAUGGAAUCUCGUCGAAUAGAUCUGAGCGUACUAAGCUGCGACAGGUUCGUGAAAACGUGGCAGUAGUGGUGUCCAUGUGUGAUCGUGUCUUUUCGAAAUCAUUGUGAAAUCAUGUACUUAUUCAUCCAUUUUAUAAUUCAUCUGCAAGAAAUGUACUUAUCGAAGAACACUAACGCAAGCCUCGACUGGUAGGAUGCUAUAUUUGUUACACACAUAGUUAACCUAAUAUUAAACUAUACACUAUAUCGUUCAUUGGUUUCCAAAGUUUAUUAUCGAAUUGAAGAUAUUAUAGUACACGUAAUGUUUGAGGUUAGAUGUAAUAGCUGUAGACCAUAAUGGCGGCUUCCUAUCGCUCGAGGUUUAAGAAAGCUCAGACUCCUCAGCUAGAAACAUAAACAAUAAUGACUCUCGUUGGGGUCAGGUCUGCAAACGGCAGGUGUUCCUUUCGCAGUUCUGAUUAUUCCUUCUCGAAGUUGAAUACAAGCCAAUCGAGCAGCAGGGGGACGGCAUCGGGCGAUGAAACUUGGUUUCAUCAAUAACUUAAGACUGCAGAAAAGUGCAGCGAGUCGCACCAAGAAAUUUCCUUUAUGGGAGUUUGAUCGUAGCUUCUUACCAACCCCUGCCGGUUAUUAGCCCGGCUAUUUAUAUACGCCGGUGUUAUUGUUUACGAGAAUGUUUGCUUUUAAACUCGCCAGUUUCGCGUCUACGCGACGAAACUUAUUUUUACGGCGUUAGUUCGUCUAGAUCUCUACUUUUACGAAUCGUACGUUUGAAUUACUUUUCGACCAUCAUCGACGAGCUUUUAUAAAGUGCUGCGUGUACGUCGAACGUUUCUAUGUAUCUAAGAUGGAUGAACUUAUCGAGAAAUAAACAGAAAAAUUGUGAAACUGAAAGUGAUAUCCCA